UGGUGUGAGUCUGUCCAGUUUCUGGAAGUACUGGAGAUGAGCUCUUCAAAAUACAUGGCACUCCUUCUUCCUCCUUUUCUCCUCCUGUUGGCGCUCCAGAAUUGCCCGCUCUCUCAUGCCGCAAACAAGUCUGCAGUCCCUGUAAACGUCGGCUUGAUCCUCGACUUCGAGUCCCAAGUAGGGAAGAUCAGCCACACUUGCAUCGCCCUCGCUCUGGAAGAUUUCUAUGCCACAGACAACCACAAGAAAAGGUUGGUUCUUCACGCACGCGACUGCAAGAGAGAUGAUUCUGUUCAGGCUGCUUCUGCGGCCAUUGAUCUACUGAACAACUGGGGGGUGGAGGCCAUUCUCGGACCACAAACGUCGCAAUCUGCAGAGUUCGUGGCAAAUUUAGGAAGCAGUGCUCGAGUGCCAAUUAUUUCCUUCACCGCAACCAGCCCCUCACUCUCGUCCACCAACACACCUUACUUUAUCCGGACUGCACAAACAGAUGCAGCCCAAAUUGAGGCCCUAGUUGCAGUCAUUAAAGCUUGUCAAUGGCGUCAAGUCGUGCCAGUGUACGAAGACUCGGCCUUCGGCGCCGGGUUGAUUCCAUUCUUAACAGAUGCCCUUCAGCAGAUCGGUGUUGCAGUUCCCAACAGAACACUGGUCCCACCUUCGCCCACAAAUGGAGACGUCAUUGAUCAAAAGCUGGAUGACCUUAACGGAAUGGAGACGAGGGUCUUCGUGGUGCACAUGACUCAUAUGCUUGGGGCUCAAUUCUUUCGGAAAGUGCAUGAAAAAGGAAUGAUGAGUGAAGGGUAUGUGUGGAUCAUCACCAAUUCAGUAGGUGACAUGUUCGAAUUCAUGAAUGCCACAGACAUAGCACAUAUGGGUGGUGUUGUUGGAGUAAAGACCCACAUACUGCCAUCCAAAUAUUUGACAGAAUUCACAGAAAAAUGGAGGCAUAGGUUCCGGUCAGACAAUCCAGGGACCGAACCGCCAAGUGAGCUCAACAAGUUCGCCAUAUGGGCCCAUGACACUGUGUUUGCAUUAGCUUCCGCUGUAGAGCGAGUCGCCGGAGCAGGGAGUUCCAACUUCCUUCCAAUCAGAGACCGGAAUUCGACGAAUGGUUUCCAAACGUUGGGGACUUCUCCUUCUGGUAAAGAACUGUUGCAUGCAGUUCAGGAGACCACCAAGAUCAAAGGACUAUUCAGUGAAUUCAAACUGAACAAUGGGCAGCUGCAGUCUGGAGCUUUCAAGAUAAUCAAUGUGGUGGAGCGUGGUGCCAAGGUGAUCGGAUUCUGGAAACCAGGUUUCGGGCUAUCGAAGAAUUUCAAAGUGAAAAACCAACAACAAAAUAGGAGCAGUUUAGAUGCGAGCAGUGUCCUCACUGGAUCAGUAACUUGGCCUGGUGGAUCAAGGGAAGUUCCUAGAGGUUGGGAAAUUCCCAAGGGGAAGACGCUGAAAAUUGGAGUGCCAGUACUACAGGAUUACAAGGAGUUUGUAGAUGUACAGAAUAAUGGAACUGUGGUGACGGGAUUUUGCAUAGAUGUGUUCAAGGCAGUUGUCGCUUCCUUGAACUACAACGUUACAUAUGUUCUUUCACCUUUCAGUGACUCUAGUGGGAAGAUGUUGGGGACCUACGAUGAACUUGUACACCAGGUCUACCUUAAGAAGUAUGACGCAGUAAUGGGUGACACAACAAUCAUCGCCAACAGGUCCAAGUACGUGGACUUCACUUUGCCCUACUUGGAGUCGGGGGUGUCCAUGAUUGUACCAGUCCAGCCCCGUGACGACAAUGCGUGGGUGUUCUUGAAGCCCAUGACCCGGCCAUUGUGGCUGACCACCGGCGCCUUCUUCGUCCUCACUGGGAUCGUGGUGUGGAUUCUAGAGCGGGGUUGUAGCGGGUCUGAAUUCCAGGGGCCGCCCUCUGAGCAAACCGGCAAAGUCUUCUAUUUUAUCUUCUCCACCUUGGUGUUCGCACAAAAGGAGAAACUCGUAAGCAAUCUGUCUCGCGUGGUGGUGAUCGUCUGGGUGUUCGUGGUUUUGAUUCUGACGUCGAGUUACACCGCCAGCUUGACCUCCAUGCUCACCGCGCAGCAGCUUCAGCCGUCUGUCACGGACCCCCAAACGCUAAUAAGAAAUAAGAACAGGAUAGGAUUCAGAAAUGGGACGUUCGUGGUUCAUCUGUUGAACCGUUUGAACGUGGAUCCGGCAAAAAUCAAGCAGUUCGAAGACAUGGAGACGGUCGCAGACGCGCUAACGAAAGGUGAUAAGCAUCCCGAAGGAAUCGCUGCUUUCUUUGAUGAAAUUCCAUACAAUAAAAUCUUCCUGCAAAAGCACUGUGGCAAAUACACCAUGGCUGGUCCUGUUUACAAGAAUGCUGGCUUCGGAUUUGCAUUCCCAAAAGGAUCGCCCUUGGUUUCUGACAUUUCUCGCGCAAUUUUGAACGUGACGGAGGGAGAACAAAUGGCAAAGAUAGAGAAAGAGUGGGGUAUGAGCAACAAAACUGAAUGCGCGAAUGUAGAAACAGAGAAGAUCUCAAGUAGCCUGUCCCUUUCUAGCUUCUGGGGUCUCUUUCUCAUAACCGGAACUACUUCACUUGGGGCUCUCAUCAUCGGCACCAUUUCAAUCUUACAUCAAUAUAACAAGAGGGAGUUAGGAACCUUCCCAUCUCUUGACUCAGAGUUCAAAAGCCUAUGGCGGAAACUGCUGGACUUUGUUAGAUACUUCGAUGAGAAGGAUCUCACCUCCCUUGCCUUUAAGAACAGAGUGAUGACAGUGGACGGAAACCAGACUGAUGCCGCUACUAGUGAGUACCAAUCCCAGGGACAGAGCCCGAUGAGUAUGGAUGUACCAUGUGUGCUUUACGAAGAUGCCAACUUCACGGACCAGGACGAUCCCUCAGUCCAUGACCAUUUGCAGACUCGCGAAGAUGCCAACGGCAACAACUCGAACUCGUUAUCAGUAUUACAGUAGUGCUUAAUAGUAUGUACGAAGCCAUAGUAGUAAAGGUCCACGAACUUUGGUUCAAAGAGUCAUUUCCAUGGAAGCUUACGAAGAAACUUGAAUCUUGCCUCUUAGCUGGUCACGAAGAAAUUUUAGCUGGUGGAAUAUUCCACGUACUGCCUUCCCUACUUCUAUCUAUGCUCUUGUCAUGCUAAUUAAUUGGUCAUGGGACAUUAAUGUCAUUUCAG